CCGAACAAAUUUCUCCCUACGUCUAAUAAUGAUCAAACACAACACCUUCUACAGCAGCUGAUUCAACUCUUUCACUCAGUGCAAUGGAAUAUUUCAGGUCGGGUGACAGUGAACAUUUAAAUGCACUGUGAAGUCUUUUAAUUAUUGCCUUAAAUUGCUUUACCUGUCAAAGUGGAAUCCUUCAGUCAGUGCUUAACAGUGAUACGAUAUUUGACAAUGAUGUAUGACGCGGAAGAACUGACCAUAGCAGCCGCCACUGGAAACACUGUCCGUGUUAAGUUUCUACUUUCUAAAGGGGUAAACGUGAACAGCUUUAACAGAUUUGGAAGAACACCUAUACAGGUGAUGAUGAUGGGGAACACACCUUUGGCGCACCUUUUGCUUGAACAUGGUGCGGAUCCAAAUGUGCCUGAUCCUGGAACGGGCAGCACACCUCUACACGACGCUGCCAGAACUGGAUUCUUGGACACUCUGAAGCUUUUAAUUCGCUUUAGCGCGGAUCCAAAGGCAACAGACUACAACAAUUUACGACCUGUGGAUGUGGCAGGACAGACGGGAAACUUGGACGUCUUCGAAUUUCUCAAUCGCUUUUAAAAACAACAAUUUAUUUAUCUUAUAUUUACCCGCAUAUUAUAUGGCCUAAUCCAAAAUUAGAUUUUGGUUUACUUAUAUUGCACUUUGAUCUUUUGAACCUCGUAUUUUUUUGCAGUUUUCUUUAGGCUUUUAAACACUUAUCUUGUAGUUUGUAUGUUUUAUUCGAGUUUACUGCAAAAUAUUUAUUCUUGGUCGAUGCAAUUCAAAGUCAAAAACGCCGUCAAAUCAAUUGCGGUUUUGUGACUUUGGUCAGCAGGCUAAUUGCUUAUUAAUGUAUUUCGGUGAGCGGCUUUGUUAGAUGGCAUUAUACGAUAUUGUCGUUAAAUGUGUUAUUUUUUUUAAUAACAUUACCAUAAAAUCAAGUUUAAUGCAUUCAGAAACUACUGUUUAUA